AUGUGUCUCAACUUUAAGAGUAGGAGGAGAGAACCACAGAAGUCUAAGCAGUGCGUGUGUCCAGAGCUGAGACGGUACCGCCACAGCACACCGGCACACGUCUUCCACACUCCAGGCUUUAGGGAAAAAUACUGCAGCGUUCACAUCAAGACCUGGGAAUUCUGUUUUGGAAUAACAAGGCCCAUCACAGACCCAUCGACGUCCCGCCCUGUGGCUCUGAGAUCUGCUCAUGAUGAGGUGAAAGAGAUCCACAAAUACAAAGUCAAACCAACGACGGCUCAGUGCAGAAUGAUGCCCCUGGACUUCGUGUUUGUGAUUGACAGCUCCCGCAGCAUCCGACCCAGUGACUAUGAGAAAGUGAAGACCUUCAUCUCAAACCUGCUGCAGUUCCUGCGCGUGGCCCCGGAGCACACGCGGGUGGGCCUGCUGCAGUACGGGAGUGAGGUGCAGAACGAGUUCAGUCUGAACACGUACAGCACCAACGCAGAGGUGCAGCGGGCCGUGAAGAGCAUGCAGCACCUGGCCACCGGCACCAUGACUGGCCUUGCGCUGCAGUACACCAUGGACACGGCCUUCACGGAGGAGCAGGGGGCCCGGCCUGCGGAGCUGCUCAUCCCGCGCAUCGCCAUGGUGGUCACGGACGGACGACCACAGGACGAGGUGGAGGACAUAGCUGCUCAGGCGCGUCAGGCCGGGAUACAGAUCUUCGCUAUCGGAGUGGGACGAGUGGACAUGAACACGCUGCAGUCCAUUGGCAGCGAGCCGCACUCGGAGCAUGUGCAUCUUGUGGCCAACUUCAGUCAAAUGGAAUCCCUGAUCUCUGUUUUCCAGUCAAAACUGUGUGGAGAGCGAGACAUGUGUGAGGUAGUGAAUCACCGGUGUGAGCACAUGUGUGUGAGCAGCCCCGCCUCGUACCGCUGCAAAUGCAGAAGCGGAUACGUCCUCAAUCCUGACGGCAAGACAUGCAGAGCUGAGGACAUGUGUGCUGAAGUGGAGCAUGGAUGUCAACACAUUUGUGCCAACAUCCCAAAGGGCUACGAAUGCCGCUGUCGCCCGGGUUACCAGCUCACUAUCGACAACAAGACCUGUAACCAAAUAGACUACUGUGACCUGGGCCUCCAUAAGUGUGAGCAGGACUGUAUCAGCAUCCCAGAGUCCUACAUCUGCAAGUGCGGAAAAGGCUACGUGCUCAAUCCAGACAAACACAGCUGCAGAAAGAUCGACCAUUGUGCCGAUGGGAAGCACGGCUGUGAACAAGAGUUUGAGAACACAGAAAAGGCCUGUGUUUGUAAAUGCAAGAAAGGAUUUAAACUUCGACCCGAUGGAAAAACGUGUCAAAAAAUCGACUACUGUGAGAAAUACGGCUGUGAACAGGAGUCUGUGAGCACCGAGCAUUCGUGUGUGUGCAAGUGCAGAGGGGGCUACUCGCUGCGGCCCGAUGGAAAAACAUGCAAAAAGACGGACCACUGUGCCGCCGGGGCCCACGGAUGCGAGCAGGAGUUUGAAAGCACGGAAAACGCCUGUGUUUGUAAAUGUAGGACAGGAUUCAGACUCAAAGCAGAUGGAAAGUCUUGUCAAAGUCUGGACUUGUGUCGGACGGUCACCCACGGCUGUGAGCAUCUCUGCGUCAACACCAACGACUCGUACGUUUGUAAAUGUUUUGAAGGCUUCACGCUGGCAGAGGAUGGUAAAAGCUGCAAAAAACCUGACUGCAACAGCGGCGUGAUAGAUGUGGUGUUUGUGAUUGACGGCUCUAAAAGUCUGGGUCCGGCCAACUUCGAGCUGGUGAAGCAGUUUGUAAACACCAUCGUGGACGCCUUCGAUGUUUCGCGGUCGGGGACUCAUGUGGGUCUGAUCCAGUACUCCACCAAAGUCCGGAACGAGUUCAGCUUGGACCAGUUCAGCUCGGCCCGGGACGUCAAACAGGCCGUGUCCCGUAUGCAGUACAUGGGCAGAGGCUCACUCACCGGAUCAGCCCUGAGGCACAUGUUUGAGAGCAGCUUCUCUCCUCUAGAGGGCGCCAGACCCAACGUGCAGCGCGUCAGCAUCGUGUUCACUGACGGGAGGUCCCAGGACGACGUGUCGGAGUGGGCGACCAGGGCCAAGGAGUCUGGAGUGAUCGUGUAUGCAUUGGGUGUGGGCAAAGCUGUUGAGCAGGAGCUGAAAGAGAUCGCCUCAGAACCAAAUGAAAAGCACCUGUUUUACACCGAGGACUUUGGGAAAAUGGGAGAAAUCACAGAGAAACUCAAAGAGACGCUCAGGAUAUGCAAAGUGGACCAGAGCCAGUGUGAGUGUGAGAACCUCAUGCUGUUUCAGACUGACGUCAAUGAGAAACUCAAGAUGAUGAUGAAGAAUAUUGAAGCUUUAACAAAGAAGGUGAAACUACUGGAAAAUCAAGAUUCCCGCAGAUGA